AUGGGCCGCUACCGCAUCCGCGUGGCCACCGGGGCCUGGCUCUUCUCCGGGUCGUACAACCGCGUGCAGCUUUGGCUGGUCGGGGCGCGCGGGGAGGCGGAGCUGGAGCUGCAGCUGCGGCCGGCGCGGGGCGAGGAGGAGGAGUUUGAUCAUGACGUUGCAGAGGACUUGGGGCUCCUGCAGUUCGUGAGGCUGCGCAAGCACCACUGGCUGGUGGACGACGCGUGGUUCUGCGACCGCAUCACGGUGCAGGGCCCUGGAGCCUGCGCGGAGGUGGCCUUCCCGUGCUACCGCUGGGUGCAGGGUGAGGACAUCCUGAGCCUGCCCGAGGGCACCGCCCGCCUGCCAGGAGACAAUGCUUUGGACGUGUUCCAGAAGCAUCGAGAGAAGGAACUGAAAGACAGACAGCAGAUCUACUGCUGGGCCACCUGGAAGGAAGGGUUACCCCUGACCAUCGCUGCAGACCGUAAGGAUGAUCUACCUCCAAAUAUGAGAUUCCAUGAGGAGAAGAGGCUGGACUUUGAAUGGACACUGAAGGCAGGGGCUCUGGAGAUGGCCCUCAAACGUGUUUACACCCUCCUGAGCUCCUGGAACUGCCUAGAAGACUUUGAUCAGAUCUUCUGGGGCCAGAAGAGUGCCCUGGCUGAGAAGGUUCGCCAGUGCUGGCAGGAUGAUGAGUUGUUCGGCUACCAGUUCCUCAAUGGUGCCAACCCCAUGCUGUUGAGACGCUCGACCUCUCUGCCCUCCAGGCUAGUGCUGCCCUCGGGGAUGGAAGAGCUUCGUGCUCAACUGGAGAAAGAACUUCAGAAUGGUUCCCUGUUUGAAGCUGACUUCAUCCUUCUGGAUGGAAUUCCAGCCAACGUGAUCCGAGGAGAGAAGCAAUACCUGGCUGCCCCCCUCAUUAUGCUGAAGAUGGAGCCCAAUGGGAAGCUGCAGCCCAUGGUCAUCCAGAUUCAGCCUCCCAACCCCAGCUCUCCAACCCCAACACUGUUCCUGCCCUCAGACCCCCCACUUGCCUGGCUCCUGGCAAAGUCCUGGGUCCGAAAUUCAGAUUUCCAACUGCACGAGAUCCAGUAUCACUUACUGAACACUCAUCUGGUGGCUGAGGUCAUCGCUGUCGCCACCAUGCGGUGCCUCCCAGGACUGCACCCCAUCUUCAAGUUCCUGAUCCCCCAUAUCCACUACACCAUGGAAAUCAACACCCGGGCCCGGACCCAACUCAUCUCAGAUGGAGGAAUUUUUGAUAAGGCAGUGAGCACAGGUGGAGGGGGCCAUGUACAGUUGCUCCGUCGGGCGGCAGCUCAGCUGACCUACUGCUCCCUCUGUCCUCCUGACGACCUGGCUGACCGGGGCCUGCUGGGACUCCCAGGUGCUCUCUAUGCCCGUGAUGCUUUACGGCUCUGGGAGAUCAUUGCCAGGUAUGUGGAGGGGAUCGUCCACCUCUUCUACCAAAGGGAUGACGUAGUGAAGGGGGACCCUGAGCUGCAGGCCUGGUGUCGGGAGAUCACGGAGGUGGGGCUGUGCCAGGCCCAGGACCGAGGUUUCCCUGUCUCCUUUCAGUCCCAGAGUCAACUCUGCCAUUUCCUCACCAUGUGCGUCUUCACGUGCACUGCCCAGCAUGCCGCCAUCAACCAGGGCCAGCUGGACUGGUAUGCCUGGGUCCCUAAUGCUCCAUGCACAAUGCGGAUGCCCCCACCCACCACCAAGGAAGAUGUAACGAUGGCCACAGUGAUGGGGUCACUACCUGAUGUCCGGCAGGCCUGUCUUCAAAUGGCCAUCUCAUGGCAUCUGAGUCGCCGCCAGCCAGACAUGGUGCCUCUGGGGCAUCACAAAGAAAAAUAUUUCUCAGGCCCCAAGCCCAAAGCUGUGCUAAACCAAUUCCGAACAGAUUUGGAAAAGCUGGAAAAGGAGAUUACAGCCCGGAAUGAGCAACUUGACUGGCCCUAUGAAUAUCUGAAGCCCAGCUGCAUAGAGAACAGUGUCACCAUCUGAGCCCUAGAGUGACUCUACCUGCAAGAUUUCACAUCAGCUUUAGGACUGACAUUUCUAUCUUGAAUUUCAUGCUUUCCUAAAGUCUCUGCUGCUAAGGCUCUAUUUCCUCCCCCAGUUAAACCCCCUACAUUAGUAUCCCACUAGCCCAGGGGAGCAGUAAACUUUCUCUGCAAAGACUAGAUCCUUUUUUACGCUUUGCAGACCGCAUAGUCACUGUCUCAACUACUCAGCUCUCCUGCUGCAGCAUGAAGGCAGCCACAGACAACAUAGAAAUGAGUGUGACUAUGUUCCAAUAAAACUUUAUGGACACUGAGA